CUGAACACGACUCUUACUUGGUUGAGAACUGGGAUACAGAAACCCUUAUCGACUUUUUGAAAGAGCAGAACCUCAAGCUCGACGACGAUGACUUGGGAGUACUCCGCAACGAAAAAAUUACUGGCCUCUCCUUUCUCGAUAUGAGUAAGGAAGAUUUUAUGCAAGCUGGAUUGAAAAUGGGGCCAGUAAAACUUCUCACAAAAGAGGUCCAGGUCCUCAAAGAAAAGCCGAAGCGUGCGUUCUCCUCAUACCGCAGUUUGAGUGAGGUAUUGGCGAAAUAUGACAUUAAUAGUGAUAGCAUAACAAGCAUACCUCAGUUCGCUCCAGAGGAAAAUUCUCCAGAGUUUAAGCUCUGCAUUGACGACAUUCUUCGCAGAAUAAAAAAUAUGGGUCCAGUUGUUGACAGCAAUGAGGCUAUGCGCUGUGAAUAUAUUUCAACAAUCCUUCACACAGCU